AAAUUUUAAGCGUGGGCCCUUUAAGAGGCCCUCUGCAUCUGGAGCCUUCGCUUCCUGGCAGACAGACACUCUGCUUGCUGCUUCUCAUCCGCUCUGGUGCUGUCAGCUGGGGAGUCCAGCUUGGGGUUUAGACCCCACAUUGUUCAGGGGGUACCGCCCUGCCCUGCCCCCCCCCAGCCACGGAAAUAACCCUCCAGAACCUCAGGGGCUGCCCCUUGGAGCCCCGCCAGCCCCCUGGCGCCUCCCUGGGGUUGCCUAUCACUUCCGUUGUGGUGAAGCGGUUUCUUCCGUCUGCCUUGAUUUUCAGGCUUCUCCCCAGCUGAAGCUCCGUCGGUCACUCAGGAUGAGUUUCCUGUAGUUCGGUUGUCGUUCCAGUUUGGUCCUGGGAGGAGGUGAGCGUCGCUCCCAUGCUUGGCGCCACCACCUCGGGGAUCAGUGUCCCCAACUCCCGCGGGGCUGUUGCCUGUGACUCUCAGGUGAAGCUCCAUCCCUUUGGGCCCAGAACCCACUGUCACCGGUACAGAGAGAAGCACCAAGGAGCCCCGAGAGGCACCAUGGCCAAGGCAGCAGCUGGACACUACUCAGGUGACCUGCACCAGAGCAUCAUCCAACGUCUGGCCGAGCUGACCACGGAGGACAUACGCUGGCUCCUCUAUAACCCGUGGACUUUGGACACGGUGGUGGAGAGACUCGGGCUGGAAAGCGACGAAGCCGGCAUGCUGCACUACAUCCUGGGACAGGAGCUGACGCGCCGUGAGGAAGGGGACGGGCCGUGGGGACAUCUGCCGCGGGAGGAAAGAAUGUUUCUCUGGGCUUUCCCCUGGCGGAAGCACAAGCUGGAAAAGACCAUCAGGGAACUGAGAGCCAUCGCAGACGAAGCUGACUCGGCCCAUAAGACACUCACCCAGACCAACCUGGUAGCCAGCUCUGCAGGUGCCGUGUCCGCGGCCACGACCAUCCUGGGUGUGGCCCUGUCGCCCGUGACAGCAGGGGGCAGUCUGUUACUCUCAGUGGCUGGGCAGGGCCUGGGGGCAGCAGCUUUUGUCGCCAACGUUGUGACAAACGUCUUAGAAGACAGGAGCAAGUCGUCAGCAAGAGCCAGAGCCAGCAGACUGGUGACUUUUCCACCGCCACCAGAGCCUGAGGCUGGUGGAGGAGUGAGUCUUUCUCCUGUCGAGACUACAAGGGAGGCUGCUCGGAGGUGUUGUGAAAUCCUCGGGAGCGUCAGGAAACUUCGCGCCUACUGGGAGGCCCCGGCCAACCCUGGCUUCAUGGCGAGGGUCAGGAAUUUUGUGACCACACGCCGUGUGCCCUUCUGGAGGGCAACAGGGGUGCAGAGACCCGCAAGCGGGGGCUCCGCGCUCGCCGUGACCCGCGGUGCGAGGAUGCUGAGCGCAGCUGGGGCCGGCAUCUCACUCGUGCAGGAUGUGAAGAGCGUCCUGCGGGACUGGCAGCACCUGAGGGAGGGGGCGAGGACGGAGGUGGCUGAGAACCUGAGGACACAGGCCGAGGAGCUGGAGUGCGAGCUGAGCCAGCUGUCCAGGCGCUACCGGCAGAUCAUUCUGAGGCAGAGCAGGAGCCUGGAGGCAGGAGGUAGGAACAGAACCGGGAGGUGGGAAGGAGAGCAAGGCUGCUGGGGUUGUGGGGACGGAGGGGGGGCGGUUUGCCAAACAGGCUGGCACACAGAUAUGUAAUCACAUCUGCCCUUUCUCAGGGAGGGCCUUCCCACACCCCUCACGUCAGUUAGGUCCGGGUGUUCUUCCCUCCCAGAGCACCGAGCAGACGUUUCUGAAAUCAGGGGGUGUCGGCUGGGUGCUCGCUGUCUGUCCUCAUACAGAGAGCGCCCCCUCCAGGCAGGUGGGC